AUGGAGGACUCUCAUUUCAACGAUUCCUCACAGAACUCAAGCAAUGUCUCUGAAGGAAAUGAUUCGUUUCAGAGGAUGACAGAAUUUGAAGUCAGAGUUUUACAACCACUGUGGGACCUUCGACUGGGCUACGAGGAUUACAUUGAAUCGCCAAUUUUCCCUGUGGUCGUGUCGGUGGUCUUCUACUUCACCCUGUGUGUGCCGUUUGUCAUCUUUGAUACCUUGUGCACGAACCAGGCCUGGUACAAAAAGUACAAGAUCCAGCCAGAUAAAGAGGUGACCAAGGCUCAGCUGUACGAUACGAUAACCCUGACGUUCUGGAACCAUGUCCUCUUCAUCAUGCCAGCAUCUGUAGCUCAGUGGAUCUGGACCCCGGCGACCCCGCUACCCCAGUUAGCGCCGACACUGUUUGAUUUCGUCUGGCACCAGGUGGCCGGUCUUGUUAUAUUUGACUUCCAGUACUACGUCUGGCACAUGACUCACCACAAGGUAGGCAAAGCGGUUUGUUAUAUGCUAGUAAGUAUCAUUGUCAGCGUGGAGGCUCACAUUGGAUUCGACUUUCCCUUCCUCCUUCACAACAUCGACCCCACGGGACUCAUCGGAGGCUCACCGAAGCAUGACAUGCACCACCAGAAGCCACUGACCAACUUCCAGCCUUUCUUCAACCACUUGGACAAGAUCUUUGGCUCCUACUGCCCUCCUAUGAGUGCCGGAGGAAGGAAGGGUAAAGCCUUGUUAGACUACGAAAGGAAAGCUAGAGACUGUAAGAAAAAUCUGUAG